AUGAGUGAAGAGUUGGUCUCUGCUGUAUCUGCCGACAAAAACUUUAUGAAUCAUUUUGACGAAAAUGAAGAUAAUGACAAGGUCACGGAUGGCGACAAGGUGGCCAAUGUCUUUUCCAAACAAAUGCCACCCAAUGCUUCUGAUCCUAAGAUCGCCGAUUCCUUGAUUGCCUCUCAAAUGGCUAAGCUAUCAGUCGCUGAUCGAGAAAAGGCAUACAUGGACGUUCAUGGGAUACCAGACCUUGUAGAAGAAACCCUAGAAUUAAUUCAAAAGAGUUUGUUGGAGUUGCAACACGAGAUCGACAUGCUACCUGACAAGAAGGCCUACAACAUCGCUGAACGGUUGAAUCCAAAAUAUGUCAGGGGUCGAGACUUCUGUCUCGCCUUCCUUCGAUGUGAGAAGUUUGACUGUCAAGAGGCAGCCCUUCGUAUCAUACGCCAUUUUCAAAUGAAGUUGGAUUUGUUUGGUCAGGAUAAGCUUGUGAUGGACAUUAUCCAAGAUGAUUUGGAUAUGGACGACAUGGAUGCUGUCUACAGCGGAGCUGGACGCUUUCUGAAUGCAUAUGAUAGCGGUGGAAGGAUUAUCAAUUUUGUGACAGGAGUACCGAAAGUGUACGAAACUGAUACAAUUCUCAGGCGAGCGUUUUACAAUACUAUGCUUGCUUUUCGUGACAACGCGGAGGUACAACGGCGUGGAGCAGUUACUGUCGGCUGGAAUGCUGGUGAUGGGAAAGGAACAAGCUGGGACAAUGCUGAUUUGAACUGGAAACUGCCAAAGUUGCAUCAAGCAACUCCCAUGCGGGCAUCAGCAGUUCACUUGUGCUAUACAGAUGACACUUGGAAGGAAAAACUUGCGGUAAUUACAAUGGGUUUCAACAAGCAGGUCCAAGUGAGAGUCAGAGUUCAUUAUGGCACCGUUCAAGAGUGCCUGCAACAUUUACGGCGACAUGGAAUUGACCCAGCUUGCAUCCCAGUCAAUGAACAAGGCAAAAGCAUAGACCAUUUGGAAUAUUGUCGUCGACUGGAGCAAGAGCGGAGACAUGAGCGCCUAAACUAUCCCCUUCGACAUAACAUUGGAGUUCCCUUUCCCCAAGAUGUGCUUCUCGGGAAAGGCACUCCCUUUCAGAAUCACCCAGGUAACACGAAUCUUCGGAAGGUGGUCGUCGAUCGAUACAAGGAGUAUGAAAAGGCCCAAAAAGGUUUAAAGAAGGUAAUUGCUAAAGAAAUCGUUGAUGCCAUCAGGGGCAACGGAGGCCUAUUUUUGAAGCAAGAUGGAAAGAAGUGGGUCCCAGCCAACGAUGAAGUAGCUGUGUUGAAAGUCAGCGCUGCUUUUCGAACGUUGCGGGGUAAGGGCGGGGUAGCAUAG